CUUGUUGAAGAGUCUGAAGAGAUCGAGAUGAUUGCGCUUAUCGCGGAAUACUACCAAGGAUUGUCAUGUUUUGGAGCAGGUCAGUUUCGAGAAGCGCAGAAAACUUUUUUGUCGCUGCUUAGAAAAACGGCUCCGUUAACCUGCUCCGACUUCGUUUUAUUCCUAGAAAUAGGCAAUCACUUCUUCAAUAGAGUUGCACAGUGCCUCGUUGAGGGUAAAGACGUAGUGGAUGCACCCUCCGAGACUGUGCAGCAAAUAUCCAGGACGCGUCUUCUCAAGAACUCGAAUGAAGCAAUUCCAGGAGAGAUCGAACCCGCACUAAAGUUCGCAAUCGAGAGCGCGAUGCUGGAGUCCAGCAAUGACUUUUUGAAAUUGAACAUGAUGCUCCGUAACAUCAUUCUUCCACACCGGCAGCUCGAUGGCGGUGUUGAUGACGCUUCACCUAAGAUAUCGGAUCACCUACAGAUUGUUUCAAACAGGCUUUCUUCCGCUAUUUCCACAGGGACUCUUCAGCCAAAAAUUAUACAGGAGGCUGAAGCCUGUUUCAAGUCGUAUGUUGAAUUACUUGGGUAUUGCGAGGCAACCGAAAGGUUGCAAACCUUUUUGUUAGCAGGGCAUUGGAUGUUGGGGGAUUUGGAUGCAUGUUUGCAUAUUUGUCUGGACAAGAUACAGCGCAAAGUUGCUAUUGGUCAAGCCCCGGAAAGUGGUGAUAUUCGUAUAAUGGGACGUUGCUUUAUAAGGCUUGGCAGGCUCGAUGAUCUUAAGAAGCAUGAGCAGCAGUUCCCCAAUGAAGACUGGGGCCAACUUCAGGACGAUGAAGAGAAUCGGAUGAAGGGUGAUGGCGAUAGCCGGAUGGCUAACUAAUGUUCAACGGUUGGAGCUCCGCAGCGUUCAUAGUUCUAAAUCUGCAGUGUUGAAU